AUUACAGCAAUCCAUCACCAAACAAAACGAUAGUAAAAUAUUAUUACCAGUGAACUGUUUACAACGGCGCCAGCAUUCAAUCGUCAUGAAGUUCAAAUGUCCGUGGAUAAAGAAACGGUUAAUAGCCGUGAUUUUAGUGCUGAUGGCGGAUGGAGGCUCCUCGGAAUCCGGAAGAAGAAACAAUAACAGUACGAUAACGGCGAAACAACGCGGCAAUUUCAGCACAACAACAGAGGCAUCAUCACCGUUGGCGCUGGUCGCCGCCGAAUCGCUGCAGGUUCAGCGACAAGCUUUCCUCUCCGUCAUUUUAUCUUAUUUGGCCAAGCCGGAAGAGAAUCCAGCCGAUGGGGACGGGUCGGAGGGUCGUGAUUUCGAAGACAAAAAGGAAGAAUACGAAUUGAGGGAUGAAAAUAAUAACCUGACUGCUGGCCAGUCGUGGUCACGGUUCGCUGAUUCUCAUAUCCAUCUUCGAGUUUUACGGAGCACAUCCGAGCCGGAAGCUAGAGCCUUAUUUUCCCGAUCUAGAACGGCGUCGGCUCAUCCGUCACCAGGGAUAAGUCGCCAUAAUCCACGACGUCAGUCUCAUUUAAUUCCAUCCGCCCAACGGCCCAUUUCGACGGCUGUCAGUGUUCCAUCAUCCGAUCGGACAGCCGAAUUGGCCGAAUUGCUGCGAGAAAAUCUUCAGCGACAGAGAAGGAGAAAUCAGCUGGUUGAUGGCGAAGCGGAAGAAACUUCCGCAACGAUCGAAGUCGUCCAAACACGAACUCCUUUCGUCAUUCGAAAUGGCGAGAUGAUUAUGAACGAAUUACCAAUGGUGGAGAGACGCAGCAUUCCUCAAUUCGGUGGCAUGGUGAUCCUUUACACUCGAGCCAGUCCUUUACGUCUUUUGUAUUACGGCAAUUGGUGCGGAUCGGGCGGAAUGGGUCCCGCCCUGGACAGUAUUGAUCAAUGCUGCAUGACACACGAUCAGUGUUACGGCGAUGUAGAAGAAUUGCCGUGCAAGGUGAUCUUCCAGAAACCCUACACCGUUCAUUACGCUUGGCGAUGGGUCGAGGAUCGAAAACAAGCUUAUUGCCUCAGGACAGGCGACAGGUGUGCAGACAUGACUUGCGAAUGUGACCGGAUCGCAGCGUCGUGCUUCGCCAAACACAUGAUUAACGCCAAAUUGAAAGGAAAUCGAUUACGCAAGAAUCGCAAUCGAGUUAAACAUCCUUUUCUGCGCGGCCAAUAAUUUCAAAGACUGUGUUCAGUUCAAACAUCACGUUAAAAAAAAAUCAACCGAUAUUAAAAUGAUCCUUGCAUUUUCCACUUGAAAAUUCCGUUUCGCCCAUGUCACUCUUUACAUUACCACCCAAAACCCAGAUUGUUUUCGCAGUUCAAUAAACUGUAUGUUUAUUUGUAAACGGGUCGAUUACAACAACACAAAUCGAUUUAAAAAUCUAAA